GGGCGGGCUCGGGUGUCAGAGACCGAGCCGCAGGUGGCGGCGGGCGCGAGGCUCGGCCCGAGCUCGGAGAUGGGGAAACUGAGGCAUAGAGCCGGACAGUGACUCAGAUACCAGGAGCUGCCCAGUGUGGAGCUGAGUGCUCAGGACUGGACUCGGUGGGCUCAGAGUGCGAAUCUAUCCAUUCCUCACUGUGUGACUUGGACAGGCCCUAGACAGGAGUCUGCAGGGGUCUCCACAGAAGGCAUCAGGAUGUCGUAUUUUGGGGAGCAUUUUUGGGGCGAGAAGAACCAUGGCUUUGAGGUUCUGUACCACAACAUGAAGCAGGGACCCAUCUCCACCAAGGAGCUGGCAGAAUUCAUCCGGGAGAGGGCCACUAUCGAGGAGACCUACUCGAAAGCGAUGGCAAAACUUUCCAAGCUGGCCAGCAACGGGACCCCCGUGGGGACCUUUGCCCCGCUCUGGGAGGUCUUCCGUGUGUCCUCGGACAAGCUGGCGCUCUGCCACCUGGAGCUGACCCGGAAGCUGCAGGACCUCAUCAAGGACGUGCUCCGCUACAGCGAGGAGCAGCUCAAGAUGCACAAGAAGCUGAAAGAGGAAGCAGGGGGCACCCUGGAUGCUGUGCAGGUCCUCGCGGGCGUCAGCCAGCUCCUGCCCAAGUCCCGAGAGAACUACCUGAACCGGUGCAUGGACCAGGAGCGGCUGCGAAGGGAGAGCACGAGCCAGAAAGAGAUGGACAAGGCAGAGACCAAGACCAAGAAGGCGGCGGACAGCCUGCGGCGCUCCGUGGAGAAGUACAACUCCGCCCGCGCCGACUUCGAGCAGAAGAUGCUGGACUCCGCUCUGCACUUCCAGACCAUGGAGGAGACCCACCUGCGCCACAUGAAGACGCUGCUGGGCUCCUAUGCCCACUCGGUGGAGGACACCCACGUGCAGAUCGGGCAGGUUCACGAGGAGUUUAAGCAAAAUAUAGAGAACAUCAGCGUGGAAGUGCUGCUGAGAAAGUUUGCAGAAAGCAAGGGCACGGGCCGGGAGAAGCCUGUCCGUCCCAAGGUGGGAGCAGAACCCUUGGCCCAUCCCCUCAGGACCAGCUCCGGGACGGGGCCGUUGGACUUUGAGGCGUACAGCGCAGCCGCCCUGCAGGAAGCAAUGAAACGUCUGCGGGGAGCCAAGGCCUUUCGCCUCCCAGGACUGAGCCGGCGGGAGCGGGAGCCACCUGCAGCUGUAGAUUCUCUGGAGCCCGACCCACGGGCCUGUGCAGAAGUGGAUGAAGAAGGUUUCACUGUCCGGCCUGAUGUGACCCAGAACAGCACAGCUGAGCCCUCCCGCUUCUCAUCCAGCGACUCAGACUUUGACGAUGAAGAGCCCCGCAAGUUCUACGUGCACAUCAAGCCCGCCCCGGCCCGGGCCCCGGCCUGCAGCCCCGAGGCGGCCGCCGCACAGCUCAGGGCCACGGCUGGCAGCCUCAUCCUCCCUCCAGGCCCAGGGGGCACCAUGAAACGCCACUCCUCACGGGAUGCUGCUGGGAAGCCACAGAGGCCUCGGUCCGCCCCGAGGGCCAGCAGCUGCACAGAGAAGCUGCAAUCCGAUGAGCUGGCCUCCAAGACCCUCUUUGGGCCACCCCUAGAGUCAGCCUUUGACCAUGAAGACUUUACAGGUUCCAGCAGCCUCGGCUUCACCUCCAGCCCCUCGCCUUUCUCCUCCUCAUCGCCGGAGAACGUGGAGGACUCCGGCCUGGACUCACCAUCCCAUGCGGCACCUGGCCCCUUCCCAGAUUCCUGGGCCCUCCGCCCGGGCACCCCGCAGAGCCCACCUACCUGUAGGCCGCAGCCACCACCCGAGUCUAGGGGAACGCGGUCCCUGCUGUCAUCAGACUCGCCACUGCCCCUUGCAGCAUCCCCAGGCCCCUGGGGGCGGGAGGCUGUGGCUGGAGGCGACCCAAUGCCCGGACCUGCUGACCUUCCGGCCACGGAGGGCCUGGCAGCCCCGCCCCGGAGGCCCCGCUCCCGGAAGGUGUCCUGCCCCCUCGUGAGCAGCAACGGGGACCUGCCUCAUUCUCUGAGCUCCUCCCCGCUGGGCUCCUCCGUCCCCGGCACCGCCCCCGAGCGCUGCAGCGUCUCCUCCCAGACAGGACACGGAAUCUCCCGGGGCCCAAGCCCUGUGGUCCUGGGCUCCCAGGAUGCCCUGCCCGUGGCCACCGUCUUCACCGAGUAUGUCCACGCCUACUUCCGUGGCCACAGCCCUAGCUGCCUGGCUCGAGUAACUGGGGAGCUGACCAUGACCUUCCCAGCCGGCAUUGUGCGUGUGUUCAGCGGGACCCCACCCCCACCGGUCCUCAGCUUCCGUCUAGUACACACCACCCCCAUCGAGCACUUCCAGCCCAAUGCCGACCUGCUCUUCAGCGACCCCUCCCAGAGCGACCCUGAGACCAAAGACUUCUGGCUCAACAUGACAGCCCUGACGGAGGCCCUGCAGCGCCAGGCAGAGCAGAAUCCAGCCGCCUCCUACUACAAUGUAGUGCUGCUGCGGUACCAGUUCUCCCGCCCGGGUCCCCAGUCUGUGCCGCUGCAGCUGAGCGCCCACUGGCAGUGUGAGGCGACCCUCACUCAGGUCUCGGUGGAGUACAGCUACCGGCCCGGUGCCACGGCUGUGCCCACGCCACUCACCAAUGUCCAGAUCCUGCUGCCUGUGGGGGAGCCUGUGACCAAUGUCCGCCUGCAGCCGGCUGCCACCUGGAACCUGGAGGAGAAGCGGUUCCUAUGGAAACUUCCAGAUGUGUCCGAGGCAGGGGGCUCUGGCCGCCUGUCUGCCAGCUGGGAGCCGUGCUCAGGGCCCAGCACGCCCAGCCCCGUGGCCGCUCAGUUCACCAGCGAAGGGGCCACUCUGUCCGGCGUGGACGUGGAGCUGGUGGGCAGUGGCUACCGCAUGUCGCUGGUAAAGAGAAGGUUUGCCACAGGGAUGUACCUGGUGAGCUGCUGAGUCCGGGAGGCUGACCAGCCCACUGGCCCCAGCUCUGCAGAGUCCUGGUGCUUUGUGACUGCUCUCUGCCUGCCUGCCGGAUCCUGGGAUCCCAACCUGGCCUCCUCCGAGGCCCUGACUCUGGGGAGGAGCCCCACGCCCAGCCUGGCUGAGCCUGAGAUUCACUUCCGCUCAUACCAGCUCCCACACAGGUUCUUGGACUUUUAAUGAUCUUUGAAUAAACACUUUAUUUUCUAAUAAAAUAA